AUGAGGGUGGAGGGCGACUUUGCGGACCGGAAAGCGCGGGAGUUGGCGGCGGCGGAGAGGGUCAACGGCCCGUCGCUGAAGAGGAACCGGAGGCGGCAGAAGAACUCGCCGGCGAUGCCCACUUUGGUCCAGAAGCUCUUCAACACCUGUCGGGAGAUCUUUUCGGGCGUUCAAGCGGGUGUCGUCCCCUCUCCCGCAGGCGUGGAGCGCCUCCGCUCUGUUCUUGGUACGACAGAAUCCCCUUCCUCUUCCUCGGGAUCACAGCUGUGCAUUUGAUCCCCUUCCCCUUCUACUCCAAGGGGGAGAAACGGGUCGCUGUUUUCUCAGGAGUCCGCCAUUGACAUGUGAAAUCUGAUGAGAAUUUAUUUUUUUUCCGGUUUUCAUGCUUUGGAAAUCUACAGCGACCCCCCGCAUUUCCCUUCGCGUGAUGAUUAAAAUUGCUCUACCGAGAUUGGGUUUCACCGCGGGGUGCUCUGGAUCGCUCUGUGAAUCCGAAAAAGAUAAUCUUCGCUUUGCUUCCUCUCCGGUUCACCUGCUGUCGACCGCCGUCCUGUCUUCCUCUCUCUCUCCCUGUCUCGCUUAUCUCUCUCCAAUGACUUCUUGAAAUCGGGGAAGACACUGCGCAUUGAAUGGACGGGGCCCCGCAGAAGCGGCGGAGGAUGUGGUUAUUACUGCCGGUCGGAAGAUUUUGCAAUGGCGAUUGGCGACUGUUCAGCAGAGCUCUCAGUCGCGAUGGAACGCCCCCCGUUUUCUUCUCCUCUCUGGAUUUGCUUCCCGUUCUUGUCGACGAUCCUCCGCAAAUCGAAUGUCUCAAUCUAUCCAGACGUCCUUAAUCAAUAUGCCGUUCUUGGGUCCGUCUGCAUCAAUCAUCGUGCCCACUAGCUCCUCCGAAACAAAAUAAAAAUGCCGUCUUUUUCCGGUUUCAUAGACGUCCUCAUUCAAGCACAUUUGCUCGAGAAAUGUUACGAUUUGUGGGUUGAACACCGCGGGCUCAGCGCAGAUUUUGUUGGUAUCUCGGAGAGAACACGCUAUUCAUUUCGAUCGAAUUCUGUUUUUGUGAGGGCAGAUCGUAUGAACCCGGGAGACGUCGGCCUGAACCAGAGCAUGCCCUACUUCGGGAGCUUCGGGGAGACGGAGAAACCUCCUCCGGUGACCUAUCUUCACCUCUACGAGUGCGAGCAGUUCUCGGUAACGCACUGUUCUUCUUACUUCUCUCAUGGAUGACGAUCCUGAGCUGAGGAUUGGGAGACUUCCCAGUGUUCGAUCGAUCGUCGCUCUUAUAGCUUGUUAGAUCUCCUCCUGCAGAUUGGGAUCUUCUGCCUCCCCCCGUCGGCCGUCAUCCCUCUCCACAACCACCCCGGCAUGACCGUCUUCAGCAAGCUCCUCUUCGGCUCCAUGCACGUCAAGUCCUUCGACUGGCUCGACGGCCCCCCACCAGACACUGAACCUGGUUCUCUCUCUCUCUCUCUCUCUCUCUCUCUCUCUCCCGUCUCCGGUGAUCUGGGUUUGUUCUUCUUUGCUGAACUGAGUUAUCGUCGUCGUUCUUGCGGCAGGAUUGGCGAAGGUGGUGAUGGACGCCGCCUUCACGGCACCCUGUAACACUUCCAUACUGUAUCCUGCCGCCGGCGGCAACAUCCACUGCUUCACUGCUGUGACGGCGUGCGCCGUCCUGGACGUGCUCGGGCCUCCGUACUCCGACGACUGCACGUACUACAACGAGCUGCCCUGCGCGAAUAUCUCCUCCGGUAGGACUAUCUCUGAACUCGGGGUUUAUUAUUUGGGCUCGUUUGUGGGUGUUCUGAUUAGGGUUUUCAGGUGACUCUGCUCUGGCGGCGGAGGAGGGAGAGACGCAGGGCCGGGUGUGGCUGGAGCAGAGGGAGAAGAAGCCCGACGACUUCGUCGUCGUGGGGGGAAAGUACAGGGGGCCCAGGAUCGUCGUGAGAUGA